AUGAGAUUCACCAGAGUGUUGAAACAAGCCGAAGAGGUUUUGGUUAGAGCUGCCUCUGGCAAGCCAACCGGUUUGACUGGUUUGUACCAGCACCCAAACCCAAGACCUGCGUUGAUCUCUUUAUACAAAUACACCUUGAACUACUUGGACAAGGAAUUUCCUGCCAACUCCGUGUACAAGCAGUCUGUUGAGACCAUGACAAGAAACAGAUUGAGAAUUGUCGAGGAGAACGAAAUUACAGAGCACAUCGAGAACAAGAUUGGUGGUGGUUUGAUCGAAGAGAUUAUCAUCCAGGCAAAUGAUGAGUUGACUUUGGCUAAGGAAUUAGCCAAGUUGAAGGCCUGGGAAGAGUUGGAGGAGAAGCCAUUGGACGACCAGUGGGUCUACUUCGGCAAGAAGAUCUAA